AUGUCUUCAUCCUCUGUCUCAAAAUCUCUCCUUUCGGUCUACGUCUUAGCCAUGGUAGCUAUGCAACUCCCUCUUAUGCACAGUGUUUUGUCCCUAAACGAGACCAAUGCGUAUCUAAACCACGUAUGCAUCAAGAGUGAAGGAACAGCCAAGGGGAGUUCGUACGAAGGAGCUGUUAAACGUCUUGUAAAUUUUAUGACCACCCAACUAAGCUACGGAUUUGUCAACGGCGCGGGUGGUGAUGGUCCGACUAAUAUCUAUGCCAAGAUCCAGUGCCGGCCCGAUGCCUCUGAAUCCAUAUGCCGCUCUUGCAUCAAUACCGCAUUAUCUGAUCUCCGUAGGAAAUGUCCGAACAACAAAGGGAGAAUAAUAUGGUACGACAACUGUCUUCUCGACAUUUCUUCGAUCUUUAGCUUAGGUGAAAUCGAUUAUAGGUACAUAUUUUACAUGUACAACGCGAAGGAUGUGAGCAGCAAUAAAAUAGCGUUCAACAAGAACACGAAGGAGCUCCUCUGUGAGCUGAAGGAGAAAGCAAUUAAUAAAAAAGAACUGCCAUACAGGAGAGACUACCUGUAUGCGGCGGGUGCUGAAAAUCUCGGAACAACGAAAUUGUAUGCAAUGGUACAAUGUACAAAGGACUUAUCGGCAUUUAAUUGUAGUGUGUGUUUGGAUGGGAUUAUGGAAAAGCUUCCCAAAUGCUGCAAUGGUAAACAAGGAGGAAGAGUUUUGAGUCCCAGCUGUGGCUUUAGAUACGAGCUUUACCCUUUUGUAAGAACUUAG